CUGCGCCUCUCCCCUUCUAACGGCUUCCUCUUCCAAUGCUGACUUCCAGGUGGGAAAAACAAAUCCGUGGAGCUGGAGGACGUCAAGUUCCACCAGUGUGUGCGGCUGUCGCGUUUCGACAACGACCGCACCAUCUCCUUCGUCCCACCCGAUGGGGAUUUCGAGCUCAUGUCCUAUCGGCUGAACACACAGGUGAAGCCUCUCAUCUGGAUUGAGUCGGUCAUUGAGAGGUUCUCUCACAGCCGAGUCGAGAUUAUGGUUAAGGCGAAGGGCCAGUUCAAGAAGCAGUCGGUGGCUAACGGUGUCGAGAUAGCUGUGCCCGUCCCAAGCGACGCCGAUUCUCCCAAGUUCAAAACCAGCAUCGGCAAUGCAAAAUAUCAGCCUGAGAAGAACGUUGUCAUCUGGAGCAUCAAGUCCUUCCCGGGUGGCAAGGAAUACUUGAUGCGGGCUCACUUUGGACUUCCCAGCGUCGAAAACGAGGAGCUGGAGGGCCGUCCACCCAUCUCAGUCCGGUUCGAGAUCCCGUACUUCACAGUCUCUGGGAUUCAGGUGCGGUACAUGAAGAUCAUAGAGAAAAGUGGGUAUCAGGCUCUCCCAUGGGUCCGCUACAUCACCCAGAGCGGGGAUUAUCAACUCCGGACACAUUAAGCCUCGUCACCUUGCGGGCUUGGACCGCCUCAAGAAUGGAUGCCUUAGAGAACGUUUUAAUCUGCAGAUGCCUUCUUCGAAACACACCGUGUGUGUUCUUCUAAAAAUGUUCUUUUCUUGGCCUACCUGCAAUUUAACUAGGUAGCAGUUUUUGGACUACUCCGUGCAGUGCCUAGAGGGAAACGACAGCCCUGUCCUUGUUGGUUGGGUUAUUUUUAAUGCUACUUCCCUGCCUGAACUGGAAUCGUUUCUGGGGGAAUGUCACCAUACCCUUCCUCACCCAAGUUCCCUGGUGGCCAGCUUCCUGGAACGUUUGUCGUCUGGGGGAUACCACACAAUGAGAACUCUCUCAACAAAUGUGCCCCCUUUUCGGUCUGGUCUGGCAGCCCAGCUGGGAGGCAGUCAGUUCUGCCUUCCCACAGAGGUGGUGAAUAGAAGAGAAUUCAGUCCAACAGAAGCUGGCACCACCAUUUCCCAUGAUUGUAUGGAUUCCCGUUCUGAUGCAGGUCGAAGAAGUGGUGGGAAUGGCACGAAGCACUCCACCUAGCAGUCUAUAUCCCUCUGUCAGUUCAGGGCCUGGAUUCUUUGGAGAGUUAGACCUUUCUCCCUCCACUUCAGUUCCCUGUCUGUAAAGUAAGAAUAGAAACUGUCUACUUACGGGAUCAUUGUGAGGACGAGCGAGACAGCCUACUGCUUUUUCCUUCUCCAGAGAUCAUGAUAAAUUAUAAACGAGAGUGAAAUCAAUAAAUUGUAAU